CAGUUGUUAUCGCCAUUCAUAAACGCACAGUCUGUUUUAUUGUUGUUAUCUGCAUUUAGCUUCCUAGUGAUAAACCUAAUUAAUUCCCGGCACAUUCCAUGCGAGUGAAGUGUGGCGAAAGUUUGUCAUUGAAGAUGUUUUAAGUGAGUUUUAAUUGGAUGCUUGCUUGUCAAUUAUCGGCAUCCAAAGAGUGAAAUUUCCCCAAUCCAUUAGCCAGUCAAUUUGGCCGAUUGCUCCAAUCACUUCGGCCCUAACCAAAGUCCUUUCUGGAUUUUCUUGGCCUUCGUCCAGUCGCCACAGCCAUACAUGAAAUCUCUGAUCGAGAAAAAUGGAAACGCUGCCUGCAUUGUGCCCUGCGCGCUCCACUUCUCUGGAAACUAUCGAUUUUCCAGAAUCUGGCAGGGUGCUGUCGGUCGCCAUAUUGCUUAGUGCUGAUCGUUGGCCCUGUGGCCCAUAAUUCCCACGGUGGAAAAGCCCGAAUAGAAACGCGAUACUUGUGAAAAACAGCCGCAAAAUGGAGCGGCACUGUUGAGGAUCAGCCACAUCGACUUCCAGAAGUCUCAGGCCACAAAAUGGCACCCCGCAUUAGUUCGCUGUACAAGCGAGCGGUAACCGUACCACCCCACCUGAACAAAAUGAGCACCGAAGAUACUACCAGUAUGGAGGAAAAGUUCAUCGACGUUUCGAGCUCAUUGUCGCCCUCAGACGCGCCAGCUGAAGGUCCCCAUAUCUUUAAUAAUAGAUCAUAUCAUCCAUCUCAUGGUCGCACCACUCCUUUUGUGGUAGUACCAGAAGCAAAGCCCACCAAUGGCACCAUCGUCAAGGAAAACAUCCUGCAGGAUGCGAUGGACAAGCUACAGAAGGAGACUAAUAUGGACCAAUGGGUGCUGGUCACCAUCCUGAUUGCCGUUUCUGCAGUGAUUCUGGGCAUCUGCUUCUGCUGCAUAAGGCGAUGCUUCCGGAAACGCCGCUCAAAGGACAAGAAGGGCAUGAAGGGGGCCGACCUCAAGUCCAUCAACCUGCUGGGGUCUUCUUACAAAGAACAGGUGCAGCCCGAUAUGGAUGAACUGACCGCUAAUGCUGAAGAACCGGACGAGAGCGACAAGCCGGAGGUGCAGAAACUGGGAAAACUGCAAUUUAAGCUGGAGUAUGACUUUAACCAAAACAGCUUGUCCGUGACAGUCAUCCAGGCUGAAGACUUGCCCGCUCUAGACAUGGGAGGCACUUCAGAUCCCUACGUCAAAGUCUACCUGCUCCCAGACAAGAAGAAAAAAUUCGAAACCAAAGUGCACCGAAAAACUCUAAAUCCCGUCUUCAAUGAGACCUUCGUCUUCAAGGGAAUGCCCUACGCUGAAGCCAUGAACAAGACGCUUGUAUUCGCGAUCUUCGACUUCGACCGCUUCUCCAAGCACGACCAAAUCGGCGAAGUGAAGGUGCCUUUGUGCCAGAUCGAUCUGGCUCAAACUAUCGAGGAAUGGCGAGAACUCCAAAGUGUGGAAGGCGAGGGUGGCCAGGACAAUAAGUUGGGAGACAUUUGCUUUUCUUUGAGAUACGUGCCGACCGCAGGAAAACUGACCGUCGUCAUUCUGGAGGCGAAGAAUCUGAAGAAAAUGGACGUGGGCGGUUUGUCUGAUCCCUAUGUCAAAAUCGCCCUAAUGCAAAACGGUAAACGGUUGAAGAAAAAGAAGACCAGCAUCAAGAAGUGCACCCUGAACCCCUACUACAAUGAAUCAUUCACUUUCGAGGUACCAUUCGAGCAGAUACAGAAAGUCAACCUAGUCAUAACGGUGGUGGAUUACGAUAGAAUCGGCACUUCUGAACCAAUUGGCAAAGUAGUUCUGGGCUACAAUGCGAGUGGUACCGAGCUGCGCCACUGGUCCGACAUGUUGGCUUCGCCUCGCAGACCCAUCGCUCAGUGGCACACGCUGAAGGACCCGGAAGACGAAAAGAAGGACUAAACAUUCGAAACGACGCCUAUUUAAUAUAUACCUUGCAUAUGAGUAUUAAUGGAAGCCCCCAAAUCCAAGGCAAGACUAGCCCUAUCUCAAAUUUGUUGCUGCAUAUACCUGUAACUAUGUUUAUAACUUAGAGCUAGAGUUAUUAGGACUUUCCCACUCCCAAAACUUUCUUCGGCUUCGGAUAUUUGUGCAAUCGCUCAUUUCAUCAUCCACUUUAAUGCCUUAACUUUAACGAAUGGAAAAAGAGUUUCGCUAACCCGAUGGCACACAGUUACUUUUAGGGAAUUCCCGUAGGUCUAGAGAGUUGGACAAGACAAUAGAAACUUAAAAUUAACAACUAGAUUAUAGUUGUUUCUAAAUAAAUAACGUGUAAAGAGGUGCAACCAUUUGUAAUGCCGUUAAGUAGUAUUUUACACUGUAUUAAACCUAGAGGGACUGUUGAAGUUUAGAAGAGCAAACAUCAUUUCAUUCAAUAUGUGUUUCAACGCCCCAUCAUAUCAUUCUAUAGGUAAGCGAGCAUUUGUUUGCAUCGAACGAACGGAACGAAUUAUAAUUAAUAUUUAUCUUAUCUGAUACGAUGAAGUAAAUUGGGCGAAUGUUCAGUUUAAUUCGUUCCGUCUGUCAGAUGCUAGCGAAUGCUCGCUUACGAUAAAUUUUCUUUUGGUUUGCCAUUAUUGUAAGAUAGCAAUUCCUCCAUAGAAUGUAUAUAUUUAGUUUUCCAAACAGGCGGUUUUUUUUCAAAUCAACCAGCUGAAACAAACACAAAUAAAGGAAAAAGUCUAUUGAUGCCGGACAACAUUUUCAAUGUAAAUACUUAGAUAGUUGAUUUUGCCUUUAUUAUGUAACGGAUACUCUUUUUCUGUAAAUAGAGCCUCUAAACACAGCUAAAAACCAGUUACUAGAUGUACUUACAUUAACAUUUCAUGUAUUGUAUUAUACUUAAAACGUAUACCUACUUAUAGAUGUAAAAUGUGUGUGUUUCGUUGGUUAUUCACUUCUAUAUUUUCGGCUAUAUUUUCAUGAAUUGAAAGUCACUAUAGAUAGGAAAUAAGCUGGCGUUUUGGAGCUUAAAGCAGCAGCAAAAUGCACGUUGUUGAUUCGCGUUUAUAAACAUAAGUAUAGAGUUGAACUGAGUAGAAAGUGCACUAAAGGCUCUAUAGCAGAGAUGGCAAUACUUGUUUAAUACCUCUAUAAUAGACCAGUAGGUUUUAAGGGACAAGAGUUUAUUUUAAAAAGCCUGCAAAGAGAGUGUUUGUUUUCAUUUAUGCUUCCAGACUUAAGUAGCAUGUUAUUUUAGUUUUAGCUCUAGAAUAUCUACUAGUGGAGGCUCUUUUGCCAAACGUUAGUCCAACCGGAGGGGAGAUUCGAGUGUUUCUUUCCCGGCUAGAGUUAAAAGCAUGUUGUAAAAGAACUAAAAUGUUGUAUAGUGUUUAUUCAGUUAACGAUCUGAGUUGUUUUAAAAUGAACAAUAAAAAGAUAAUAUAAAAUGUAAAAUUUAAAAUAAACUGUGGCAAUCUGUCGCUCUUGUUAAGCUAUUAGGCGUAAUAAACCAUAUCACCUUUCCUGUUGA